AAGAAGAAAAUUUUUUUGUUUCAUGUCCUGGAGCCCAAAUCCUCCGUUUUCUCUCACUUUCUCUCUUCCGAAUCACGACUUUCACUCUGUUGAGAAGAAUAAAAGUUUUUUGUUUCGUUUCCUGGAACGAGAACCUGCCAUUUUCUUUCACUUUCUCUCACUUUCCCUCCCUUUCUCUCCAUUUUGUAAUAACCUUCUUCUUCUCUACUCUCCGCAGUAAGCUUAAGCUCUCUUUUGGUUCCUACCCAUCUCGCUCCAAUUUCGCAGAUAGAGGCAAUAGGGUGAUGAGUCAGCUUCUGAAUCUAGUCCAAGCGACUUUCUUCUUAAAUAAACUUCGUUUCUACGAGGGACCCAAGUUUCUUCAGCAAAAGUCCUGUUUAUACUUGGGAAAGUAUGCUCAACUUCAGAAAUAUCAGGGUCUUCAGUUGUCUUUGCAAGGGGUGGUAGUUGUUCAUGUUGAGUGCUUAUUCAAAUGUAAGGCCUAUCUUUGCAGUGGAGGAGAAUUGGAUGCCUUCCCACACAUACAAACUCUAAGAAAAUUUCCCAAGGAGGAGCUUGAUGCAAAAGUUGUCUUGGUCCGAUUUGAUUCUGCCAUAUUGCUCAGGGAGGAACAGGAACAGCAGAGUCAAUUAGUCUCCAAUGCGCUUUUCACCAUUAAGUAUUUAUAUGAAUCUGGGGCCAAAGUAGUUCUAGCGAGUGACUGGUGUACAAAAAUCAACCCAAAACUUAUUCAUGCAGAGUCUGUUGCAGAUUUCUUGUCAUCAAUCCUUAAAUGCAGAGUUGUUCCAGUGUGUUCCAUUUCUUGUCGUACUCCAUCAAAGAGGGAAGGCCUUGAGAAAGCAGAUAUCCUUCUUCUUGAGAAUCUUUCUGAGUUUAAGGAGGAAGUUGCCAAUUGUUCAAAGUUUGCUCAAUUGUUAUCAUGGGGAAUUGAUAUUUUUGUUAAUGACUCAUUUUCCCUGUCACAUAAAAUCCUUGCAUCAACUGUUGGUGUUGCUCGCUUCUGUCAUUCCUGUGUAGCUGGUUUUCACUUUGAGGAGAGCCUAUGUCAACUGAAGAAGGUUGCCGAAACCAGCAGAAAUCCUUAUGUUGCAGUUAUUGGAGGUGGUAAUCUCUAUCAAAAAGCUGCUGCCUUGCAUUUCUUGGCUUCUAGAUGUGAUGGUUUGGUCUUUAUUGGAAAGAUGUCAUUUCAAAUAAUGCAUGCAUUGGGUCUAUCUGUACCCUUGGAUUUUGUGGAAUACGGGGCACUCAAUGAAGUUUUAGAUAUAGCCCAGACAGCAUACAAUAGAAAUACACAAAUUCUCUAUCCAAAAGACUUUUGGUGCAAGAAUAAUUGUUUUCCUGGGAAAUUGGAGUUGUUUCCUUCUGAUGGAAUUUUGGAUGGCUGGGUACCUGUUGAUCUUGGGCCAGUGUCAUUGGAUGAAAUAAACUCCUUGCUUACAAAAUGCGAGAAAGUUCUAUGGAUUGGUCCCUUGAAAUUCAGUGACUCAAAUCAACACACAAAUGGGUCAUCUCCUUUGACUCAGAUGCUUGAUAUUCUAUGUCGAAGAAAAUGUGAUUUAACUGUUGUGGGGAGCAUGGCUGAGAUGAAGAAAUCCUCUUCUGACUCAGGUUUUAAUAUGCUUGUGAAUUCUUCGGUUGUAUGGGAGUUUCUCAAAGGAAGAAAGCUUCCAGGGGUUAUGGCCUUAGAUAGAGCAUACCCAUUUGAGAUCAAUUGGAAUGCUACUUACUGUGAUCCAACACAACCUUUGGUAGUAGAUAUUGGAAGCGGUAAUGGACUUUUUAUUAUGGGAAUGGCUAGAAAGAGGACAGAUUUGAAUUUUCUUGGUUUAGAGAUUAAUGAAAAGCUCACAAGGUGUUGUGCAGCUUCUGUUCAACGCUCUGGAAUAAAGAAUGGGUACUUCAUUGCAACAAAUGCAACGACAACAUUUCGUUCCAUAGUUUCUAGUUACCCUGGAGACUUGGUUCUUGUUUCAAUACAGUGUCCAAACCCCGAUUUUAAUAAACCAGAGCAUAGAUGGCGAAUGCUGCAGAGGACAUUAGUCGAAGCAGUAGUAGAUCUUCUUACAUCUGAUGGAAAGGUUUUUCUUCAAUCUGACAUAGAAGCAGUUGCUGUCCGAAUGAGAGAACAAUUUCUGAAAUAUGGCAAGGGUAAACUUUCUGUUAUGCAUGGCCAAGGAGACACCAAAUCUAGAGAAGGGUGGCUUGAGGAGAACCCAUUUGGAGUUAGGUCAGAUUGGGAACAACAUGUUAUAUAUCGUGGGGCCCCAAUGUAUAGGUUGAUGCUUUCCAAAUCAACCAAAUAUUGAAUGAAGUUGCUGGAGUGUUGAUUUGUGAAAGCUGGCUAUUGUUUACCAUGGAAGCUAACUGGGACUCCCCUACCUCUUAGAAAGUACACAAAAGUGAGCAAAAGUCUGUGCAGCAAGGCUCUACUGUUUCUAACAAUUGUUUCUCCAAGCGACAUCAUCUGAAAUAGCAGUAUACAAGUAAGAUGCUGCAUCAUAUAUUUUUUUUGUCAAUUCAGAUACUGAUAGCAUGCAGGAAACUGAUGGUGAUAAAUGGUGUGUUUGCUUUAUCACCACUCUUAAAAUAUCCCUUUUCAUAACCCGAAGGGGUUGGCCCAAGUAGUGAAGGUCUUGGUCUUGGGGUAUCACUCUCUUCAAGGUUUAAGGUUCCACACCUCAUGGGUGCAAACAAUCUUUUGAGGCCACACCCCCUGAUGAAAAAUCUGCGAUUAACUAGUUCUGUGUAGGGAAAUUUCUAAGGGUGUAGUGCACAGGACCGUUGUUUACUUUGUAGGGCUGGGUCCGAAGGGCCCUAGCAUUCCCCAACAUUAAAGAAAAAAAAAUCCCUUUUCAUUAUGUUGAAAUGCAAUAACCAGGGCAGAUCGAUGCCGUGACAAAAAGGAGCAUUACACCUGUACGACUCUCCUCAUGCUGGACAUAGGCAAAACCCUCUCAAAGAGAUAGGAGAGGACGUCGGAAUUCAAGCCAACGCGAAACACAAAGAUAUGCCUUUCUUCCAUUAAUUUCAAAGUUUCACGGCAUCUGCUGCACAUUAUAUAAGAAAAUUCUGGUAGUGGUUCAAUUCCUGCCACAAACUAUGUAGCUUAUGGAAAUAAGUUGUUACACACAAUUCUGACCCUGGGGUUGUUCUUUGGAAGUCAACGCUUCAUUUCAUAAACCCUGUUACAUUACCAGUUUUUGAACGAGUAUUGAGUUGCUCCCAAACAUCCUUUGUAGUUUGGAAAAAUAAUACCUUGACUAAUAUUUGCUCGCAGAGAAUGUAAUGGCCACGACAUACUUAUGAAGUUAUGUACAUUGC